AUGUUAAUAUCAAUGGCAUCAAACGAUUUAUCUAAUGGAGACCAAAAAACAAAAAAUGAUGAACGAGAAAGAGUAAACAAACAAAAAGUGGCACUCAAACAAGAUUCAUUGACAGGGAGUCCAUCAACUUCCUGUCCAACCUUCGAAGAACAUAACAAAGUUUUUGACAAUGAAGGUUCACUGAUAAGUGUUACUUUGGAUUCACUAAUCGAACUGCUUAUUCCCAGUCGUAGUUACUCAUUCGAACAGUCUUAUAUUUUUGCUAUUCUACUUAAUAUUCGUAUUUUUAUAUCACCACCAGAUUUGCUGCAAAAAAUUCUACAGCAAUGUGUUUUCAAGCAAAAUGCAAAUGGCGCAAAUUUUACAAAGGAAGGACGAACACGUACUUUUCAUGAAAUUUAUAAGCUGUGCUUAGAAUGGACGCAAAAUAUUCCAUAUGAUUUUCGUAAUCGAAAAAUGCAGCAACGUUUGCUUGACCGAGCGGAAAGAUUCGAACGAGCUCUGGCUAAUAUUACAGCGAGUAUGGGCCAAGUUUUGAAUAUUGACGAUAAUAACUAUAAAGGAUUAAUGGAAAUUUGUCCAAAUCCAACAAUAUUGGCACGACAAAUGACGCUCAUUGAAUUGGAGCGACUCAAUAUGAUUGGUCCAGAUGAAAUUGUUUAUGCAGCAAUGGAUGAUGAUGCUAAGAAAAGAUAUGGUAAUUGUAUGAAUAAUAUAAGGUACUAUAUUGAUUGGUCUAAUCGACUGACCUAUCUUACGGCUACCGAAAUAGUACGAUGUAGUAAAAAACAAUGUCGGGUACACACCAUCGAAUACUUCAUUGAUGUUGCUAAAGAAUGCAUCAAUAUUGGCAAUUUCAAUUCAUUUAUGGCUAUCGUAUCUGCUUUAUCAUUACCACUUAUAACAAGACUGAAGAAGACUUGGAAUCGUGUUGAAAAGAGUAAGCUUGAAAUUCUUCGUCAUCAGUUUGACCCAACAGCAAACUUUGUCAGCUAUCGAUCAACUCUUAAAGCAGCAAUAUGGCGUUUUAACAGUGCUCGAAACGAAAGUGAUGCCAUUAUCAUACCAUUUUUUGGUCUGUUGAUGAAAGAUCUAUCGUUGUUGCAUCGUCAAUGUGCGCAAUUACUCCCAAACGGACAUAUAAAUUUUAAGAUGUUUUGCCAAUUUGGUAGCGAAGUGUCAAAUUUUGUGAAAUGGAAAAAUCGUAAAUGUUUAUUUGAACGUGAUACUCGUACUUUACAUCAACUUCUUCUUUCCAGGACACUUACCGAAAAACAAUUGAUUAAAUUAUCAUAUAACUGCGAAAUGGCGGAACAAACAGCCGAAAAAGAGCUGUACAGACGAUUGAAAAAUGAUAACGAUGCUCAAUAA